AUGAGUCGGGAGGAACAUUUCGAAAGUUGCGUUUGGUUUGAGUGCUGCAGUUUGGCCGAGAGCAGACACUGUAGCCGACGGGAUAGUCCUCCAUCUUCCGCGGAGAACCAGCUCCUGCUGCUCAGAGCCAGAGCCCAAUCCAAGCCCGGGACCGGGACCGGGAUCCGGCCCGCAGCAACAGAAGUGUCCCCGCUGCCGGAGCUGUUCCCCCAGACCGCGGCCGAAUCGAGCGGCGUUCACUUGCUCCCUCCUCCUGUUCCCGGAUGGGAGAGGGAAGAUGACUGCAUUCGUAUUCCCUGGUGGCAAUUCAGGAAAGAGUUUGACAUUGGAAAUAUGGAAGUCAAACCCAAAGAUUACACAUUCCCCAAAGACAACUAUUCCAAUUCAGUGUUUCACUUAACAAGGGAACACCUUGAACUGCUGGUGAUUUGGUCGCAUUGUCAUGGUAACCAAUGCUCAUUUACUCCAACCUGGAGGGAGAUUGUUGAAGAACACCAAAAUGGAAUCCUGGCUAUUCUAUGGGCAUGUGAAGCUGGUCAUUCCUACCAUUGGUGGACUGGAGGCAUGUGUCAACUACCUUGUGAUCAAGAUAAAUCCAGAGCCCAGUUGCCUUUGAAAUCCAAGCAGUUCGAAGAUGUGUUAGUGUCAGCUGUUCAAAUAAGAAAGCCACAUAGAAUUAAGACUACUGAUGGUGAUUUAACAAAAGAAACUAAUUCAUUUGAUGGCUCUUGUAAGCCUUUUCUUCCUGCUGACAAUAAAACAGUCCGAAAUGGGGCAUCAGUUUCUCAGUUUCCUUCAACACACCAGUCGUGGAGAGAAACUGGAAUGCUUGAUAGUGACAAAGGGAAAUUAGGUAUUGAUGGCACAAUGAGUGAAACAGAAGUUGGCAAGAAACCAGAUAUCCUCCAUAUAAAAACUGAAAAAGAAGAGACCUCAGAUUUUAAUGACCAAUGUGUAAUGAAAGCUGAAAACAGAAAUCAAAGUCGAGAAUUGAAAAAAUAUCACUUGGGUAAUAGCUCCUUAGUUGUAGGACAAUCAGCUGGACACAAUAUAUCUCCAAAUGAAACAUGCAGUGUAUCAAACGGCUACAGAAAACGGACAUCAGUUGAUGAUCAGUGCUCUGGUUCAUCAUUAAUGUCUCAUUAUAAUAAUGGCAAAGUUCACAUUGCAGAAUUACACCACUCCCCCCAUCCUAUAUCCAGAGGGUCUUGCUUAACUGGAAGAUUGAUAGAGAAUACCAUGAAACCAUCGGAUAUGUCAACUGGAGAGUACUGCGUUGGGUCAGCCAAGCUAGCAAAUCAUGACCAAAAUGGAUCGAGUCUAGGGCCACUUUUAGAUUCUGAAUGUGUCAGGCCCUUAACCCAUAAUCGUAUAACUUCUGACAUUGAUGACCCUGAAUUACAGUGUGAUCCUUCAGAAUCAUCUGGGCAAGAGGGAGUUCUAGAAUUCUUGCACGCUAUUUUGAAAGCUGAUGUAGUGGAUGAAAUCUUCUCUAACGUUCGUUUAGCAAAUGAAUCUGAUGUCGAAGUUUUGACGGAGAAUCUUAGUGGAAAAGAAGACUUGUUACUUGAUUCUGGAAUCCAAACUAAUGCAAGGUUGUAUUUUAGUGCUGGUGGAUGGGCCGCAGUUUCGGCAACACUUGAAAUAUUGGGAACAGCGCUGGAAAGGAGCAAAAGUGAGCAAGAUAUGGAAGACAGAAUAACAGAAGUUUCAGAUUCAGGACCAGAAUUAAUGAUUGUGAAUCCAUAUCCAUCUUGUAAUCUGCUUAAUGCAGCAGCAAUGGAUGAAGAACAAAUUGUUGUUGCCCAUGUACCCGCUUUGCUCCCCUCGGCAGAUGACAAAAAGAGAAAAGUUAAAUAUCCUGUCACAAAGGGGGAGAUUAGAAGACGUAUUAUCCCUCCUGAGAAAAUGUCUAAAACAGUCAUUAAAAGCUACCUAAGGCUAAGGAGAGAUAACCGUUUUGACAUUCGCCAGCUUCUGGAUCUGCCUGUGACUGGUUAUGACCGGACUCUGCACACAUCAUUUACUCGACUCUGUGAGGGAGAAGCAAAAACACUGACUGAAAAUUUUCAUCAACUCAACCUUGGGUACUUUCCUGUCGAUGAAUGUGCCAGCACGAUAGCAGAACACGCUGCAGCUUCAGAAAUAUAUGCAGCAAGAAAGGUGAUUGAAGAUCUUGACACAAUCAUGGACAGUUUUAUGUGGCAGGAGCAUCCAUAUAAUUUAAUCACACAUGGAUUUGGUCCUCAGAACAUCAAGGUAGUUUUGGACUUGGUAAAACUGCUUCUGCGAGAAUCACUACGGAAAUCCUCAUCCUGAUGCAGACAAAAUAAAAUCACUGGGAUUUGUAGGUUCUUUUUCAAAAAAAGCUAUGUAAUAGUGGAACUUAUUGUUUUUAGUCUGUUUAUCUUGUUAAAUUUAUGUGUAACUAGCUUUGUAUGAAUAUUUCCAGAAAUGUUGUUUAUAAUAUGAGUAAUGUACAGUGGCCCCUCUCUAUCUGUAGGACUUCCAUGUACAAAUUGGAUGAGAGUUGGGAAAUAGGCAUCUUAUGGGCUUUAUGUUGGAGAAUCAGUAAAGAUUAUGUAUAUAUUAGAGUUAUAGUGAGUGGCUACUGUACUUCAAAAUAAAACCUGCAUUUCAAGAAAAAUAA